AACUAAGUGGAAAUAUGAAAAGGAGAACAUCAAAGAAGGAGAUCUAGUUGUCGUAAAAAAUUGGCUUCGCAUGAAUGGAAGUUAGGUCGUAUCGAAAAAAACGUAUCCAGGCAGUGAUCAAAAUACCAGAUAUGGCCGCUUACUUGCCUAACCAGGACUGCCGUCUGGACGAUCGCAACCGUAACCAAGACUCACCUGCCCGUCCCACAGCAAGAAGCGCCAAUCGACCCAUAUGGCCAAUCCAUCGUCCCAGUUCCACAUCCCCUGAAAGACGUCAGCGAAGCCGAUCCGACGCCAGACCCCGCCAACGCCAUGAGAGACCAAGUUAUUGGCCAAUACUGAAAGACCCCACUAGAUGCUUCACGAGCUACGCCUUAGCUGACCCUGAUCCCAGAGGAAAUAGUCCGAUCGAUGUGGAACUGGGAGCGGACACGUACUCCGCCAUAAGGAAAGAUGGGUGUACAGCAGCAGGAAUUGGCGAUGUCCGGACCUACAAUACUCAACUGGGCUACGUGUUUGCUGGGCCAAUCAAGAAUAUGCCGAGGAACUGAAGAACGAGGAUUUUUUAUGGUAUAUUACAAAUGAUGUCGUUCGGGGCCCAGAAAAUGUUCAUAAAUUUACGCUAUUUUGCACAACACUGUUGGUUGGGUAUUUACCGGCGGCUGCAUAGAUUACAUCAAAACAAAAUGAUGUAAAUAACAUAUGCACCUACACACAUACAUUGAUGCAGCCACCGGUAAAUUCCAAUGCUUAAUUCCAAUAACUAAGCAUCGUCAACAGCCAAAACAGGUUUGAUGUGACGAUGUAAAUUGGACAAUAGUUAGUUCUCACCGAAUUUCACACGCGACCGCAAGUCUCAAGUUUUCCCCCCGAGUGAUAGUGCAAGUGUGAGUAAAAAAAAUCAAAAUAAUAAUAUUAAUUCUAAUAAAAAACAGAAACAUCAGACAGUGAAUUUACAACAUAAACAAGAACAUUAUACAUACAUAAUUUCAAAGAACAAAUAUUGCUAUUACAAAUAUACAAAUACAACAAAGAACGAAUAGAAGUGUACAAAACACAUAUAUAACAAACUUAAACUCUAGUGAAAUGAAAUUUAAGUGCUAAUUUAACUGAAUUAAAACUUAAGAAUUAUUAAAAAAACUACUUAAAAUAAACUAUGUAAAUUAAAUCUAUACUAAAAAGCUACAUUGCACUAAAACCCCCAUAAAGCAAAAGAAAAAGAAUUUUAAAUAAAAUCACGAAAAAAAAGAAAAACAAAAAAAUUUUUAUAAGCCUAAGAACAGAUCCUAUGAUAGCGUUGGAAAGACUACAAACCCACGUAGAUUUUC